AAGAAGAAAAUAGAUUAAUAAGUCUAAGAACUUUUGAGAUGACAAUAUGCCUCCUGUAAAGAUUCCACCCAAUUUGACCUUAACAAUCGAUGCCCAUAAGAAAUGGCUGACGUUACUUGAAGAAGCUAAGGAGUUGGUAGAAGAAGAUAUUGAUUUACAGGAGAAAGCAGCCAAAGGCCUCCGCCUGAAAGACAGGAACCUCCCAGCCGAAGUCCUAGGCCGCAACUAUGCGCAGUACUGUGACGUCAUCAACCGAAUGUACGACUCGUAUUUGAACAAUGUCCACCUCCAGAGGGCGCCGUAUAUGCUACAGAUCAUCAGCGUGCUUUUGAAGAGAUUAUACGAGCUACGCAACGAGAUAGUUCAUCUGAUCGUGAACGACUACAUCUAUGUGGACAGUGGCUUGAUACAGUACAGACUGACUCCGGAUCAGAUUCAGAUAGUGAUCCCAUACCACUUCCCUCUGGAAAGUCGAAAUGAAUCCACUGAGCAAUUAUUGCAGAAAAUGUGGGCUGAAUCUUAUAAAAGAAAGAAUGCUCCUCCCAAGAAGGAAAAGCCUUCCAAAUCAGCUAAGAGUGGGAUGUUCUCAGAAACAGACGUGCAGGAAGCGGCAUCAGAGUCGUCAGAAGAAGAAGAAGAAAAUGUUUCAGAGGAAAGUGUCCAUACGGUGAUACCAGAAGAAUACAUCCAGGCAAACAUAAUACAGGCACAUGAAAGAUUCAGGUAA